AGUGAGAAUACCAUUCUGCAAGAAGACUGAACUGGAAGAGGAUGAAGAUAAACGUUGCUCUCGCUGUGUUCGCAGUCUUUCUUACUGCGUGUUACGCCGAUGAUGAACCCGUGGGAGAAACAGUCGUGGAAUUUGACGACGAACUCGAUGGAGAACCAGUCGUGACCGAGGCUUCAGUGGUCGUGACCGAGGCGCCAAUGGCUCCCUGCCGAGGCCGGCAGGUGCUUGCCUGCAUGAACCCCCUUAUACAGUGGGCACAGGAGAAGGGAAUCAGCCUGUUCACCUCGGGGAGAGACAUGGGAAGGGAGGAACUGCCGACUACCAGGAGAGAUUACGUAGAGGCGUCGUGUGGGUUGUUUGGAGAGAUGAGAGAGUGUUUCUCAGACUUGAAGGAGCGCUGUCUGCCGCAACGCCCCGGAUUCCUCUACGGCAAGCUGCUGGACGGACUGGAGGCGACAUUUGGAGUCAUAUGCGGCCCCAAGAUGGGCGUGUAUUUGAACCACUUGGUGUGUCUGAAAGAAGUGACGAAGACUAACGUAGAGGCGCUGAGGGUGUGUAAGCGACAGGCGGCUGGUUUAGGGGUCAAAAUAGCCAUGAGCCUGUUUGGACUUGUGAGUCGUGAGACUAUUUGCGAAGGGGUCGACAGUUACGCGGACUGCGUUGCCAACGUAUACGAAGAAUGCGGUGAGGAUGUGUCGGAUGUGAUGAAUGAGAUCUCCUCUACCGCAAUGAAGAGACUGCUCCGCCUGGAAUGUUAAAUGUGUUGUGGAGGACUCGAAUGACCUGUAGACAACACUUUGCAAUCAGAAGACGCUUAACGCUACUUAAAGGCACUUGAUGUUGAAUGCGUGAUCAAUAUAUGUUACUAGAUGUCUCUGUGGGAGGGUAUCAGUGACCAAUGUUUUGCAGAACUGACAGAUAUCAACUUUCACCCAUUAUGCAUUCAGUAAAAUGCACAGAAUCCGUUUUAGAACUAUUUUAAAAGUUUCAAAACAUGAAUGUAAUUAUACUAUGAAAUACAAAAGGUAUAAAACAAAUUAGAGACAAUUAGAGACUGGUU